AUGAACAUUCAUUUCACCUACCUUGGAACGGGUUGCCUGUUUAAGUACGAUGCCGAACAUCCAGUAGAUGGACCAGGGUAUAAGGAAGAUGAUGUCGGCAAUUACGAUGGUACCUCUUAUUCAGCAGUAAAAAGCUUCACUGAUCGUCUCCUAAGACAAUUCGAUAACACCCUUCAAUGCAGAAUUCGCCUACCAGUCAACUAUGAAGCCGAUAGUCGAAAUCUCGUUGCAAAACUGAUGACGUUCAAGAAAGUGCUCGACAUUCCAAACUCAAUUACAGUACUACCCGAUUGUUUACCUAUUUUGUUAGACAUGGCACUUAAAAGAGAAACUGGAAUUAUCAAUCUCGUCAAUCCAGGGGCUAUACGUUUCCCGGAAAUUUCCGAGAUGUACCGUAAGAUGUUGAACCCUGACUGGCAAUACGAGGUUUUACCUGCUGACCCCGAUUCCGAGCUCGUUUCAACCCGAUCUCAUUGCCGUCUAAGUACAAAGAAACUAGAAUCGAUGUAUCCAAAUCUGCGCUCAGCUCGUGAUGGAAUCGCUCAAGCUUUAGAGCAGAUCGCACUUGCUAAGGGUCUACGAACUAUUGCACAAGCCUAA